AGAUCUGUAUUCACUGGGUUUUGAUAAAAUUUUCAGUGUUUUUAUUUGUUUUACCCAAAAAUUCAGAUUUUUGUUGAUAUGGGUAUCUGUAUCUAGACGAUCUCCCAUUCUUUUUCUUGGGAUUUCCAGGUGUCAGAGGGCCAUAUCACUCAUAUCAGAUCCUGAUACCCCACCAUAUUUCAUUGGCCCUUGUUCAUUUACAGGGUUCAUCCAAUACAACCCCCAAUUUGUUCUCUCUCUUGUGAAAAUCCUCUCUUUGAUUGACAGCUAUUUAGUUGUCUGUUUAUCUGAACGAGAGAGACAGAGAGUUAAUUGUGUUAUAGGUGACAUCUUACCAAAGUGAAUUUGUUCUUUGCAGAGUUUCAGUAGAUUAGUACCUUUAUUUGGUUCUUAAUUACAGUUUUGAAGAGGAGGCCCACUGGUUGGGUUUGGUGGGCUUUCUCACAACCAAUAGGAACCCAUAUCUUGAAAGCUAUUUUCAUUAUUUUUUUCUUGAAGAUCCCCACUUUGGUUAAUUUUCUUGUUUUUUUUAAGGUGGGGUGUCGUUGAGGUUGGAGAAGAGGAGGAGAAGACAAUUGGGUCUACUCUUCCCUUUUUCUUUUCACCCUUGCUUUUUCCACAAAUGGUUCCUCCAUUUGAUCUUCUUCAACCUUAUCAUUUAUGCCAAACUUGAAUUUGACCCGUAAAUAGAAUUCCCCUUUUCUAAAUGUUACUUUACUUCUUGAUCACUUGCUUCUCCUUCAUCUUUUUAAGGUCUCUCCCUCUCAAGACAUUACCUUCAUGGGCAAGUGAGGUGAGAUUGUUGUCUCUUUGGUUCUGGAAAGAGUUGUUUUUGUUUCCUUAUUUUGAGUCCCUGAGGAAUACCCUUUUCAGAGCUUCUUAUCUCACUACAAUUCAUUCUAAAAUCUCCAUGAAGAAAAUGAACCUGACUUCAAAUGGAAAGCUAGAAAAUCCUGUGGAUGACACUGGAGGGAUGUCAAUUUUGGACUUGCCAGAAUUGGCUUUGGACUGCAUUCUUGAGAGGCUAACAACUGCAGGGCUUUGUACUAUGGCUUGUGUUUGUACUUCUUUGAGGGAAAGGUGCAUCAGUGAUCACUUAUGGGAGAGGCGCAUAAAGCAAAAAUGGGGUAGGAUUAUUGGUCGUGCUGCUUACAGGGAGUGGCAAUUUCAAAUAGCUUCAAGCAAGGAUUUUGGAAGUUGCGAACAAGGCAAGCAAAAAGGCUUGAUGAAGCUUCUAUCUACAGUUUGGCCUAUUUCUUUGAUGAAAUCAAAGGAUGAUAAUAAUAACAACAAUAAUAAUAAUUUCAAGCACAGCAAUUCUUCGCGUGUUAAUUCUAUCUUGUCCUGGUACCUUGCUGUUGAGACUGGCAGGUUCUGGUUCCCAGCUCAGGUCUACAACCGUGAGAAUGGGCAUGUUGGGUUCAUGUUAUCAUGCUAUGAUGCUGAACUUAGCUACGAUCCCCAGACUGACACAUUUCGAGCCAGGUACCCACCACAUGGUAGGAGAGCAGUUGCUAUAGAAACUGGUGUGCAAUGGGAAAGGCUUAGAGCACCACCUGUUGACACUUCCCCACAUGAUCUACACAUCUCUGAUUGCUUGAAUGAUUUACGUCCUGGUGAUCACAUUGAGAUUCAGUGGAGAAGAAACAAAGAAUUCCCUUAUGGUUGGUGGUAUGGUGUUGUAGGUCACUUGGAGUCAUGUGAUGGGAAUGAAAAUUAUUGCAGGUGUCAUAAUAGCAACGCUGUAGUUUUGGAGUUCCAUCAGUACACUCGUGGCUCGCGGUGGAGAUGUACAAUGAUCAACAGGAAAGACCAUAGGGAGGAAGGGAAUGAAGCAGAUGGAUUCUAUGGAGGAAUCAGAAAGCUAAAUAGCAAAGAAGAAAUUUCCAGAUGGAAGCAGCUUUGGCCAACUGAAGUUUUGGAAUAGGACUUUGCAAGCUUAAAUUUGAACAUAGUUACUAUGAUGAUUUUAAUCACAGAAGCCUCUACUUCUUCCACUCAAGAUUGAUAAUUUUCACUUUACACUUUUAUGUAAGCAGCUUGUAAAAGUUGAAAAAUAGGCUUCUGAUUCAGCUGCAUAAAUGUGGAGGUCAUGUCAUCUCCUCUUUUUUCCUUGUUUUCUUUCUUUUUUUUUUUUUUCGAGGCAGGAUUUCGUGUCCAUUUCAUGUGAUCCUGAUCUAUGUAAAAUGUCUCCCGUUGAUGCAAAUUUCAUGUACAAUAAUCCAAGACAUGAUUGAUAUAUAUAAAAAUUUCACUUGGCAAAAGUUCUACAAUA